CUAAUAGCAGGGAGGCUCUCUGGGUCCGUCAGCGAGUGCUUCGUUGGUUACAAACUUACAAUCAUCAGAAAUUCACACAAGCUCAGAGAGAGAAGAGAGGGCAAAGCGAAGCGAAGAGAGGGAGAGAGGAAUUUUGAGGACGAAGAACCCUUAAAAAGUUGCGGAGAGGGAAAGUUACAAACGGAGCGGAGGUGGGAAGUGAAAGGGAAUAGUAAUGGAGGAGACCGAGAAUCAUAAUAAUUUGGAGGCGGUACCGGAGGAGAUGGAGGUGGACGACGUGGUUGGUUCGAGCCAGACGUUGGAGAGGGUAGCUGCUGCCAAGCUCUUCAUUGAGAACCAUUACAAGUCCCAUAUGAAGCACAUCCAGCAGCGCAAAGAGAGGCGAUCUGAGCUUGAAAAGGUGUUGGCCACAUCCCAUGUUCCUGAGGAGGAGCAAAUCAAUCUACUGAAGAAUUUGGAGCGCCAAGAAACUGAGUAUAUCCGGCUCAAGAGACACAAGAUUUGUGUAGAUGAUUUUGACCUUUUGACUAUAAUCGGCAGAGGAGCUUUUGGAGAGGUUCGAUUAUGCAGGGAGAAAAAGUCAGGAUGCAUCUAUGCCAUGAAAAAAUUGAGGAAGUCAGAAAUGCUCAGCAGAGGACAGGUUGAACAUGUCAAAGCAGAAAGGAAUUUGCUUGCAGAAGUUGCGAGUGACUGCAUUGUGAAACUCUACUACUCGUUCCAAGAUGCCGAUUACUUGUACUUAAUAAUGGAGUAUCUUCCUGGUGGUGAUAUGAUGACAUUAUUAAUGAGGGAGGAGACUUUGACUGAAACUGUUGCCCGGUUUUACAUUGCUCAAAGUGUUUUGGCCUUAGAGUCCAUUCAUAAACAUAACUAUAUACACAGAGAUAUUAAACCUGACAACUUAUUGUUGGACAAACAUGGGCACAUGAAACUCUCCGAUUUUGGUCUCUGUAAGCCUCUAGAUUGCUCAAACUUAUCCACUAUCAAUGAACAUGAAGCCCUUGAUGAUGAGAAUUUGAAGGAAUCAAUGGAUGUGGAUGGUCGAUUCCCAAAUGCUGGUGGAAGGCCGUGGAGGAGCCCUAAAGAGCAACUAGAGCACUGGCAGAUAAAUAGGAGAACACUGGCAUAUUCUACAGUUGGCACACCAGAUUAUAUUGCUCCAGAAGUGCUCCUUAAGAAAGGAUAUGGCAUGGAGUGUGAUUGGUGGUCACUAGGAGCCAUAAUGUAUGAGAUGUUGGUUGGUUAUCCUCCAUUCUAUUCCGAUGAUCCAGUAACCACUUGCAGAAAGAUUGUGCAUUGGAGAAAUCACUUAAGAUUUCCAGAGGAUGCAAGGUUGACACCUGAAGCAAAAGAUCUGAUCUGCAGGUUGCUUUGCGAUGUUGAGCACAGGCUUGGUACUCUUGGCGCCUCUCAAGUCAAAGCUCAUCCUUGGUUCAGAGAUGUUGCUUGGGAAAGAGUAUACGAAAUGGAAGCAGCAUUUAAACCAGAGGUCCAUGGUGAACUUGACACUCAGAACUUCAUGAAAUUUGAUGAGGUGGAACCUCCGCCACUAAGAACUGGAUCUGGACCCAUGAGGAAGAUGCUAUUGACUGCUGAGGAUAUGAGUUUUGUGGGAUAUACGUACAAGAACUUCGAUGCUGUCAAAGGUCGUCAUUUAUUUGGUACACGACUUCUUUUAACUCGUGACAAAUCUUCCCUUCAUCCUGAAAUUUGCAUCUCAUACUUAUUUUGUGUACGUACUAGUGAUCCAGGUGUGGAGUACACUUCCAAUUCCAAAGACUCCACUGAUAAAAAGGACGGCAGGAAGUUUGCUUCGUCGGGAGAUCUACUGUCACAAUGAAAAAAAGAAGAAAUGAAAGAACAAGAAGCAUGUGUUGUUACAAUUGCAACCAGCCAGCCAUACAUUCUCAGACUUCAUCCGUGAAGAUGGCGGCCAUUCCUGGUUUCUUUUUUGGUCAGGAUUAGCCGUGAACCCGAAGCCAUCAAUAAACAUAUCCCGGUGUCAUUACCCCUCGCUUGUGUAAUAUGAGCUCUCUGUGUACAGUAGUAUCGCCGGAGCAGCUUUUUUUUCCGUGAUGUUUUGUAGCUACUGAUUACCUAUAUGGGUGUGUAAGUGUAAAAAAGAAAAGAAGUCUGAAACUGAGAGGGCCUUAUAUUGAUUGCCCAGGUUGGAAGAUGCAAAAAUCAACUGUUACAUCUCCACCUUGUGGCGGCCAUUUCAUUCAGACUCUCCUUUGCCUCCAUUUUUCUUGGGAGGAAGUAUCGUGAAUCAUGUACUGAGGCUGUAAUAUGGUUUUUACUGUUAGAAUCUGUUCCGACGAAAAGAUCCAGCUGCCUUUGUGCAAUUUAAACCUGCUC